AUGUCCUUACUUCAUGCCUUGAGUGAAAAUGUGAAAAAUUUUGGAACGAGCACAACUGCUCAUGGAAUACCGCAUGCAACAGAAUCACACGGAUUUCGCCGUUGCCUUUGGCUAAUGGUACUUUGUUGUUGCCUUGGUGGCUUUAUAUUUCAAGCGGUGCUAUUAAUGGAGAAAUUUUUCAAGCGGGACAUAAUUGUGAAUAUCGAAAUGAAAUUUGAUCGGAUAAUGUUUCCAGCUGUAACCAUAUGCAAUUUAAAUCCAUACAAAAACAGCCUAGUGGGAUCGAUUAGUUCAUUGAAAGACACGAUGCGUGCAUUCGAAUCCGCAAUGAAUCAUUACAAUAAAGAUAAAAACUCACCAAGAAGCCGAAUUAAAAGAGCAAAUAUAUCAGACGAGUUUUCGAAUGUUGUAGAUUUCAUUCACACAAAUUGUAAACAAAUAAAAGAUUCGUAUGUGAUCGAUCCUAAUGGCAAUAAAGAUUGCGUUUGUUUGAAUCACUAUUCAACCUUUUGGAAUUGUCGACCGCGAUCAGAAUGGAAAUAUAGUUAUUGCAAAUGCGAUGAUCAGAAAACGAUUUGCCAGCGAACAAAGCAUUCGUUAAAUCUCGAUAUUCGUAAUUCGCAGAAAAGAAUGCAGUGCAUUUGUAGUGAAGAUAUUUGCUUUGGCACUGACAAUGCUUAUAAUGAUUGCAUUUAUCCCUUAGAUGAUGGAGGGAAAAUUUCAUGUAUUUGUACGCCAGUAAUAAAGAUGUGUGUUCGAGUUUAUCGAAAUGAAGAAUUAACACUGACAGGAAUUUUUGACGGAAAUUUUUCGCUUAGCGAAAACUAUACGACAUCUUUGCCCCGAAUAAAAGAAACGAUUCCGAGAAUAUGGGAUAUAUUUAAAGUUAAAUCACCUGAAGAAGCUGAAGAAGUAAGAGAAGAAGAAGAAAAAAAAGAAAAAGCUUAUGGACUUAAGGGAAUGAAUGAUGUGAUGGCAAUCAGAGCGAAGACUUCUGAGAAUAUCGUUUUUGCUAUGAAUAAUUUGGAUGAUAGCGAUAAAUCAUCAAUAUCACAUGUUAAGGAAGAAUUUAUAAAAAAAUGCUCAUUCAAUGGAAGAGAUUGUUCAAUUGAAGAUGAUUUUGUUUCUUAUAUUGACCCAUCAUAUGGUACUUGCUUUACGUUUCGAAAGAAUUCAACUGAUGCAAUUAUCGAACGAACUGGACGAACUUACGGUAUGUUAGAUAUUAUUGCACAAAAAUCUAUCCAGAAUUCAGGAUUGCGAUUACAGCUUUUUGUUGACAUUGAUGAAUAUCUUCCGACAACUGAUAUCGCUGGAGCUCGUGUCGUGGUACAUGACCAGUAUGAACAACCAUUUCCCGAUUCAGAUGGCUAUAAUGCUCCAGUUGGAGUUGCUUCAGCGCUUGGCAUGAGAAUGAAACGUCUGCAGAGGUUACCGCAUCCAUAUGGUGAUUGUAUAGUGGAUGGAAGAGAUGAAGAUUACAUCUAUAAAGAUAAGAAAUAUUCAAUUCAGGGAUGUCUAAGAAGUUGUGUUCAAAAGUAUUUAGUGAUGCAGUGUACCUGUGGAGAUCCGAGAUUUCCAAAAUAUCGCGACUAUGAUAAUUGCCCAGUUGACGAUCCCGAUUUAAGAGAAUGUCUCGAAAAAGAAGUGAAAUAUACUGCACAAAAUGCGGAUAAACUCGGCUGUGUUUGCAAACAACCAUGCAAACAAGAUAUUUAUGUAGCGUCCUAUUCAGCAGCUCUUUGGCCAGCAGGACCUAAGGCUCUUACAGAUUGUCCAAGUGGAAUGGAUAGUAAAGAGUGUUUGGCAUAUUUUCGUGAGGAAUACGCACUUAUUGAAGUUUUUUACGAGAGUCUGAAUUAUGAAAGAUUUUCAGAAGGAGAAGCUUAUGGAAUGCCGAAUUUGCUUUCGGAUUUUGGUGGCCAACUGGGUUUAUGGAUGGGUGUUAGUGUAAUAACGAUUAUUGAAGUCGCCUUGUUAAUAAUCGAUCUUUUUUUUGCAGUAACUCGAUUUUUUAGUGAAAUUGGAGCAAAAAUGGGUAAGGGCAAGCCAAACGGAAUGAAUCUUUAA